GUAUUUCUCCGUUGAAAAAAAAAAAAAAACUCUUGCUGAAUCCUCUAGAUGAAUCGAUCAUUUCACUCUGCUUAUGGUUGUUUACAUUGAAAUAUAACUGCAUUUUAUGUGUUUUAUUAUAUUUAUUUAUGUAGGUUAUAUGUAACCGGAUAUGACCCUUUCAGUCUUAGUGGAUGUCAUAAGACGAUAGAAACAUCCACAUGCUAACAAAGUAUUUUAACAAGAGUCACUUAUAAAAUAACCUCCCAAUAUACUACAUAUAUGGAGUACUGUUAUUCACCUUUAUGAUCAUACAUUUAAAAAAAUAAUAACUAUCACAGCAAGUGAUGUCGCAGAAGCGCUGUCGUAAAAAUUUGCUAAAGGAGGAAGAUCGUAGGUCUCGCACAUGCGCACCACUGGUGGCAUUCCGGGUAUGUAUUGCGUAGUGACAGUGGCCAGUAGUCUCUAGCAAACUCGCUAACUGUGUGAGCUGUUUGCUACCCGCCAAGAAACGAUAGAAGAAGAAGAAGCGAGCUCACCAGCUAAAUGAAUCUUCGGGUCAAGGAGUAGGAUGAGGAGGAGGAUGACGGCAGGAGCAAUAUGUUUUAACAAGGAUGAAAAAACGCUACAGCCUAACGGUGCCAGGACAAGGCACAGUCAGGGGAGUGAAUACGCGCUUGUCACUUAAUAAUUUCUUGUGUCCAACCUAGUAGAUUGAUCAUUAAAAUUCAAAUGAAAUCUGAGUUUUGAGAGUGUUUAAACAAGUGCGAAACGUGAGAAAAUGUUAAUGUCUUUCUGAGAAAAGUGUAUAAAGUGUAUUGUGAGGGGUUAUAAUAAUUAUAAACAAAUAUAUGAUCAUAUAUAUAACAAAUGUAAACAAAUAAAGUUGGCUACUUUGUAGAUUGCCAGCUAUAUGGGAAUCUAUCCCCCAUGAUAAACGAGGGAAUACUGUAAUGUUAUUUAUAGUAGGGUGGCCUAGUGAAAUUAACGCAGCGGAUAAAAGCACCAUUUUUGGUAUGAUUUUUUCUUGGGACCUAACAUAUAAGUUUUGUCUAGGAGCCCCCAGAAAUAUGUCCAUGUAAGAACUGAAUUGCCAGAUUAUAUUAUCAAUGAAACAUGUGAAAAAAACCUCACUAUGUUUUAGUUCUAGACUCUUAAAAAGAUUACAUUGCUUCCAAAAUCUGGUACACUGAUGUAUCUGAACAUUACUUUGAUGUUAUUGAAGUACCAGUACAGGUGCAAAUAAUUAGCCAUUUGGUUUUAUUGCAAUAAAUGUCAAAUUUCAAAUGAACAUCCGUCUUCGUAUGGAAGAAAAUCACCCAAUGUUAACAUGAUUAGAUAGUCAAGACGGUAGCGCAUUUGAACAUGUUGAUGAGAGAGAAUUAAUGUCUAAUUAAUCUUUAAUUGCUAAAAGUCUUAUGACAUUGUAGUUCAUUUUACUCACUGAGUAGUACAAUGUCUUAACAGUUGAUACAUUUUUGCUAUGAAUGGUAUUUAUUUUUUACAUUUGCACUUGCAAAGCGGCGAGCGGUCCACAUUUGCAUUGGCACAUUUGCAGUUAGAACAGUCUUCCCUCGUGGGAACAUUUUACUAGAUCUCUGCAUGCUCUGGAGACUUCUAGAAUUGUCACCCAAACUGGCACCCAUAAUUCUGUUUCCUUGGUCCAGGCGUAACCCUGUGGAGAUGGAAUCACUUCCUGAAUUUGAAUUUCAAUGUUCCAGAUUCCUGCUUCAUACACUGCCCGUCUUACAUGCUGAAGCAGUGCAUCCUGGGCUGAGGGCGGGCUUAUGCGACAGAUGCACCGUCACUCAGGAGGUGGCCAAGAGGAGGCAGCAGGAGUUUGAAGUCAUGCAAAUGCAGACCCUCCAGCACGUCACAGUCCUGGGUGGAGAAAAUAAUACCCUUAAAAAGGAAAACAGAAGAUUGAGAGACGAGAUUGGCAGUUUAAGAGAUGCACUUAACAACACACCCUUGGAGGCCAAAACAAACAUCUCCCCUGACCUUUCGCCCUCCUCCGAACCAAUGUCGCUCAUCGCCACAACAACGGGCAGCACUCACCCUGAUCAGCCAACAGAGGGCAAUGUUGCAGCAAAAACAGACACAAACCAAAGCGCUGAAGAGCAUCAGUCUGACUUCAGACAGCUGCGAGCAAUGAGCAAGAGCCACGUUCCUAUUUCACUUUCGGCUUACACAUUGGCAUCCUGGAAGACAGAACACAGCGCAGCAUGUACAGGAGACAGGAGCUCUCACAUUGUAGAAACCUUGGACCACCCACCAAUUCCACCUCAAGCUCUUCUACUAAAGACCUCCUCCCCCCCGAUGAAUACCGACGUCAGUCCACGCAGACAUUCUCUCAAGGCCCCCAUCCCCUGCCGUCCUCAACCAAUCAAGAGCAGUACUGUCCCCUUUCCUUGGGCUCUCCCUGAAUCCUCUGGCUGGACUUCCAUGGCAGUGGCGGCAGCAGCAGCAGGCACCAACAUGAUGGUGCACCCUUAUCCCAAACCCGUUCUCCCUCGUUUUCCCAACCUGGUCCCGACGAGCCCACACACCAGCCUUCCGGGCCCUCGGGAGCAUGCCUAUGGGUCUCAGUGGCACAAGCAGAGUGGCUUUCAAUCCCCUGUUAAAGAACCCACCGUGGUGUUCCGGUUGAAGAAUAUAUCGGAGCACAUGGGACACAGCACACCGGAUAAGUCCCAGGAAAAGAAAGACACUCAGUCAUCUAAUGCUGAAAGGGUUCCUUCGGAAGGCCAUAGAGAUCUCUGCGAUGGUCCUUUGGAUCUGUCUGACAGAGGAAAGUCCAAAUCCAUCCAAAUGCCUCUGUACUCUCAAGAUGGGGAGGGUCUCGACAAGAAAAGGGACAAGGAUGCGAUGCCAGGCCUUCAGGUUGCAUCACCUGCUACUUCUCAACCUUUGCUGUCCUCUUUACCUACGGUCACACAAGAGGAAGUCACAAACCACACGGUGGUAAAAGAGCAAGGGCAGAAUGAAGAGGCUAAUGGAAAGAUGGAGCAAAGCAAUGGGAAAAAGGUCCCUGCCCUCACGAUAUCAUUACGUCCAGUCGUAGUGCUGGAGACUUUGAAUUCUGCUCUUCAAACACAAGACUCCUUACCAACAAAUGGCAAGUCAUCACCGACAGGAGAGGAGCCAGAGAGCUCUGAGAAGCAAGUAAAUGAGAGAGUGGAAGAGAAGGAGGACGAGGAGGAGGAAGAGGAGGUGAGUGUAUCAGGACAAGAGAAGAACGAGCGCUACAAGAGGAAGAGAUUAUUCAAGGAGUCAGACUCGGACACGGAUAUCAUGACAACAGAGAAGAAGGUCAAGAUCACAGUGAGAAAUCAGGAGAAGACCUCUAGCUGACUGGAGUGGACUGAAACACCCAAACAAUUAUAGUAGUUUAUAUGCCUCUAUAGAUCAGCGCUGUAAAUGCCCCUUACGUUUUUUGUUUUGUUGUUCCAAUAUAAGGUCAUUUGAGCUUUUAUUUGAUUCAGUGGAAGGCAUCGCAGCAAGCCUAUCAUGCACUAUCUUAACCCGAACAGGAUAGUCACUAUUUAAGAGAGGGGCGAUAUCCAAAUUUGUCCAUUUAUCAAAGUAUAACGCACUCUGAUGAUAGACCAACAGGAGACUAUUUCAGAGGGGUGGCAUGUAAAUGUAUUAUGAAGUACUUUCAUAAUAUCAAAGUACAAAGUAAAGUAAAAAAAGAUUGUGGAAAAUUGGAAUUCAGUUAGACUUCCUUGGAUUGCAUUCAGUCACCCUUAAGUUUCGCCUGGAUGGCAAGGCAAGGCAAGUUUUUUUUAUAGAGCACCAUUCAUACCCAAGGUACUGUAAUUCAAAGUGCUUUUCAGAAAAGAAAAGGAAAAUCAAAAUAAUAAAAUCAUUCUAUAAAAACAUAAAAUGAUUCUAAAAUCAUUACAUAAAACUCCAUAAAUCAUUCCAUAAAACAAAAACAAAAAAAAAUGAAGAUUGCAGUUCAUGUUGUUCCAAUUUAGACAGUGUCGUGUGACGUCUCAUUUGUUCUAUUUCCUGAGCACAUUUGUUUUCAUUUGGUAGGCAUCACUCAUGCACUGUCGUGACUAUUCCAUUAUCAUACUAUAUAUAUCUCGCUUUCAUGCUGCAGACACCGAUCAUCCAUCCAUGAGUGAAAUCAGCCAAUACUGAUACUGAAACUGAUCACGUGUACAUUUUUAGAUGUACUAUUGAAUAUAUCAGGGGUCACCAACGUUUGUUUUUUUUUGUGAGAGCUGCUUUUACAAAAUGAAAAUGCUACUCAUUUUUGCAACAUUUAUUUUCAUAGCUUAUUUCAAGCCAAACAAAGUGAAUACACUUGUUCUCCCAGAACAUGAACAAAAUGCUGGUAUCCACAACUCACAUUUUGUAUUUGAGAAUGCAUUUCUUUCUAGUGCUCUCACGUUAUUAACUGAAAACCUGAAUGAAAAGUAGGCGUCCUCAUGUGGUCUUGGGAGGCUGUUGAGAAGCAGCUCAAAUAUUUUUUUGGAGGUGCAUGUCUAUGGAGUUAUAUUUGUGCCUUAAUUUUGAGGCGGCUAAAGGCAGAUUUUGAGCCAUAUUAACGUGCAAUAACUACUGAUGUGUGCAAAGGCACAACACUGUGCUCUGUCACUCACUCCCUCUCCUUCACUUAACAUGCUUUUGCGGCAAGGUGAUCCGGUGUACGUGCGCUAACACCUCUGGUCGGUUUUUGGGCACUGGGCUACUGGCGGGAGCUUGUGGGUUGCUUGCCUGGAGGGCAGCGAGGCAUACGGGCGUGUUCGGUGGUCAAAAUGCGUGCCUGUUGGCUCCAGGAUGGGAGGGCACUGAUGAAAUCCUUUUUUUUUUCCCCCGCGAUCGUAAAGAUCGGCUCGUAGCUCGCAAUCGACCGGUUGGUGACCACUGCUGUAUAGAGUGACAACAAAGUGCACCACUUGUCUUAUGAGAAAAUGUAUUAUUUUUCAUGUGGAAGCAUCCUUGCAAGUGGCCUAUGUACUGUCUUGAUUAUUCCAUCAUCAUCAUCAGAGCACUGGUACGAUAAACCAGCCAGGGUAGUCACUAUCUAAGAGGAGUGAUAUCUCAGUUUAUUGAGUGCUGUCAUAUUCAUCAAAACAUAAGGCAAAUAAUGAGGGGGAAAAUCUGAAAAUUCUGUGAGAGUCACCUGGCUUACAUCCUAGCGACAAGUUUUGUCGGCAUGUUCCAAUGUACACAAUGUCCACAACAAAGCGUAGCACAUAUUUUUAUUUGGAAGCCAUGCAAGCAAGCAGGCUAUCAUGCACUUUCUAGGCUAGUGCAGCAUCAUCAAAGUACAGCUAUGUUUAUUACUAGAAAGUGUUUCAUCACAUCACAUGGAAUUUUUUUUUGUUUUGAAGGAAUCACAGCCAGCAGCAUAUCAUGCAUUGCAUCGUGUAUUGCGCAAAUAACUUCAACCGUAGUUCUUUAUAAAAAAAAAAAAACAUGAACUUGUUCAAAGAACAGUCUUAAGUUGUGCUACCCUAUGACUCUUUUGUCAUUCAGAAUUUUUCAGAAAAAUAAUUACAGCAUUUCAAGCAUGUUCAUAUGUGAAAGCAGUCGUCUGACUGUCAGUCCUCUGGUGUCUCAACAGAUCUCAGCAGAUGCUUGCACAUUGCUUCCACGUGUCAUCUGCUUGUUUUCUCAACGUGCGAGAAAACCUCAAAUGACAUCAACACAUUUAGAACAGAGAAGACUCUCCCUAUAACAGGAUUGGAAGACAGCGUGUUGGCUCCCAAUAUAAGACGAACUCUAAGUCUCCCUCUUUUUCAAAUAUGUUUAUUUUUUAGGGUAGGCAAUACCGCUAUCAAUCUGAUACCACGUAAAUACAGGGCCAAUAUAGCCGAUACCAAGACUGAUACCGAUAUUCACGACCAAGAUCAGUGAAUUAUCUUACAUAGGGCCGCAUGUUGUAGCAUGUUGGCCACAGUCACAGUCUGGAGAUCGGGAAGACCUGGAUUCGAAUCUCCGUUGGGCAUUUCUGCAUGUUCUCCCCGUGCGUGCCUGGGUUUUCUCCGGGUACUCCAGUUUCCUCCCACAUUCCAAAAACAUGCAUGUUUGGUUAAUUGGAAACGGUAACUCUUUCUUUGGCAGGAGCCAAUCACAAGCUAUACGAGAACUCACGACGAGCUUGUCAACACAUUCGAAAUCGCAGGAAAUCACUCAAUAUAACAGUCUGACUCAGGAUGCAAUCUUACAAAGAAUUAUAAAUUCAUCACACAGCAACUUAACACUUAAAAGGUAGUUAAGAAAUAUACAAGUACCAAUAUGAGUUGAAAAUAAAAAACAACUAUUUUAAUGGCUUCCCAUCAUGCAGUUUGUCCCAGCAACACAUUUCAUUGGACAUGGCUGCCGAGGCGCUGCAAUGAUUCACCAGCUGCCUCUGGCCACCAGAGGAGUCCAGAGCCCAGAGGGAGGCUCCUCUGGCUCCCUCUCCACCGGCAGCCAUGUUGAAUGAAAUGCUUUGCUGGGACAAAAUACAUGAUGCAAAGCCGUUAAAAUCGUUGUUGUUUUUUAUUUUAAACUUGUAUUGGUACUUUUUUCUUAGCUAACUUUUGAGUGUUAAGUUGCUGUAUGAUGAUUUUAGUGUUCUUUGUAAUAUGACACCGUGAGUCAGAUUGUUAUAUUGAAUAAUUACUUCCUGUGAUUUCCAAUGUAAUCACAAGCUUUAUGUAAGUUUUCGCAUAGCUCAUGAUUGGCUCCUAUCAAACAAAGAGCUACCUGGUCCUCGUGCGCAUCACAAUAUGCUAUUUUAUGACGUAUAGUCCGGUGCAGCUUAUAUAUGUACAAUUCUGUUUUUCUCUCUAAAUUCAGUGGGUGCUGCUUAAACACGGGUGCGUCUUAUACACCGGAAAUUAUAGUAUAUUCCCUUUCAUUGCAUAUAAUUGUACAAAAUCUUGCAAAAUAACUAAACAAAAACUAAAACUACUAUUGGCUCUCAUUCAAUUGCUUUGUUUUUUUUGCCCCCAAACCCUUCUGUGCCCAAGUACUUCUUCCCUGAGCUUAAGUAUAACAAUAUCAACAAUGCAAUAAUAGGAACAACACAAAACCCCACAGAUAUCUGUGAGAGCUAACUGAAAAGUAACUAUCACAUCACGGUGGUAUCAAUCUGACACUGAUACUAGGUUACUUAUACUAGGUUAUCAUGUUUUUUAGCUACUGGACAGUUGUUUGAUGACUCUGCUCCAUUAUCUUCAAAUUAGCAUCAUAACUCCUCCCUGGGUUUCUCCAUGUCACUGGUGUGUGAGAGUGACAGGAAGAAAGGCUUUGGCGUGCACGUAUAAAGCUCUUGACCCCAAUUAUAAAAUAACCUGACCUUUUCAGACUUUUUUUCUCGGGAAAAAAUGGUGUCUUACAUGCAGGUAAAUAUGGUAUUUUCAAACCAGUAUCAGAAAGUGAUAGUGUGUCUGUUCAAUGCACUUAUAUGGCCUUAAGCUAGUAUGUCUCAACUAACCAUUGGUAUUACCUAUAUCAUCUCAGUACAUCGUGUAACCUUAUUCAUGUCACACAUUGGUACCUAUUUCACUUUCCUGGCAUUGCUGUCAUCCUCUUGUUAUUUUUACCAUCAACUCCUCCCCUCGCUUUCAGUGUCUCAAGUGACCAGAGUCAGAAAAAAGCAACUUCCCCUUCCCCUUUUUCAUUUUCAAAAUGCAGAUAUUUUGCAACUGCUAACUUUCCACGUACAGCUGUGACAGCAUGUGUUCAUGCGGAAGUGCGCGUGUGAUAAAACGACAGCAACAGAGCGGGUUUAUUCUUAGUCACUGUGGACUUUUUGUUGUUGUUGUGUUUUUUCAUCUACAUUUGCACUAUUUGCAUUUAUCAUUUUCCGUUGCACUUCAUUUAAUAACUGUUAUGCGUUGGAACUUAUUGAUUUAUGUCACCUCAACGAGCAUUAGUGUCCAUUAUGUGUACAACUAGUCAAUGUUCUGUUGUAUUUCAAUGAAUUAAACGUAUUUCUUGCAAACAUGCUAUUGUUUCUGU